ACGAUAAAAAAAUCGAUGAAUAGCAUACCCCAAUGUUUAAAUAAAUUAAAUAAAUGCGGACUAAAAUAAAUACCAUUGACCUGCCGUUACUUGUGAUAAGGAUCAUGUCACAUAGCGCAUAUUCCGUUCAAACAUGUGGUAAUUGAAAUAAUAUAAUAUUUUCGGCAUUUGAAUAUGAUUUCCCCCGAAUUCGAACAUCUUAAGAAAAAAAACUCCCAGCAAUUUAAAAAAAAAAAAAAAACUUAAGUUCAUUAAUUAAGUUCAUUAUGGCUAAACGCCGAAAAUGUGACUGUAAACAACACAAAUGAAGUAACCCUCUGGGCCCUCUGUAAAUGCCAGGUAAACGUUUUUAGGCAACAAUGAAACAAAUAUCCUAUGAUUUAGCCUAUAAAUUGCAACAUUAAUACAUACAGACAGUACCUAGAAUUUGAAAUACUGCAUUUUACUGCGUACAAAGCCAUGUGAAGUCACCAUUGCAUUUUCUUCAGGAGAUACAUCCCGUUGUACUUGAACGCACCGCCCUGUUUGUCUGAACUUUUGAACCGUCAGAUGGCGAUAUUUUCAUACUUCACGGCUGGAAGUUGCAACACAAUGGACUUCGGUAGGAUUAAUCAUAGUUUUCAGAACAAAACUGAAAGGCAAGUGUGCAGUGUCAGAGAGAUAAUGUUUAGCGUUAAAGUGGGACAGGGAAAAAGAUUAGCUGGUUUCUUAUAGGGGGUAAAAAUCCAGGGUGAAUUUAAUUGCCAACAAAGGGUUGUUUAGAAAGUCGGGACCUCGGUUUUCUUCAUCCACCUGGACUGUAACAGCCUGAAGACAACACCUCCUGCAAAUAACCUCGUGUUCAUCACGCCGUGGGACAUUUUCUUCCUUUAACGUGUCAAUUUAUCUCCUAUAUCAGACCAUAUGUUUACUUCCAUAUCGCCAUGUAACAUAUCCUUGGGAUCAUUUAUGCGUAUGAUUUUCCCUUAUGCCGUCACAUAUUCUACCUGGAAACUCUGUUUUUAUUAGAAACGCUGUUUUUGACGAAUCAUCAUCAUUUUUGAGGGAUUUUAGAGUGUGAUCCUAAAUCACAUCCAUGUAGCCCCUCCUCCACUUACUGCUGCUGACGACGAGCCAAAAGACCUGCGAGUCAGUCUGACACCAAACACAGAGGAAGGCAGAGGAUCUCCAGAGAAUAGACGAGCAAUAGCAGGGAUCAAGUGCAACAACAAGGAUAACCUCGCAUUUCUCGGACUUGGGCAGAAGCAGUAAAGAGACUGGAGCAGUGAUCUUGCCUCUGCAGGACUUUAUCCCUGUGUUUGUGAGUAAAGACUGUGGACUAAACAGGUUUUCUUUCCUAUAAAGUGGAGCCUUCCUUAAUCUGCAGAACGCUUUUCCUUCACUUCUAAUAGCACUAUGGAAGCUUUAAUAAGUUAUAGACAGUUGAGUUCAGUUCAUGCUUUAGAAAUGUAUGUUUGUGUUGUUAGUUGAUUGAAUAGUACAUGUCAGUGAUAACAAUGGUUGAACCGGUGGGGUUUGUAGAGGCAUGGAGAGCCCAGUUCCCUGAGUCUGAUCCCCCUUCCAUGGACCUGAACUCUUUGGGGGACAUUGAACAAGAACUGGACAAAUGCAAGUCAUCUAUCAGGCACUUGGAGAAGGAAGUAAACAAGGAGCGCUUUCGGAUGAUCUACCUGCAGACUCUGCUCGCGAAGGAGAGGAAGUCUUAUGACGGGCAGCGAUGGGGAUUUAAAAGGAUGCCCCAGAUGAGUGACGGGGAUCUGCCUGGUGGCCCAGACAGCCAGAGGUCCCACACAGAUGAGGCAUCAGUGGAAGAGCAGCAGAGGGGGCUUGGCAAGCCAGAGAGGUGUAAACCACAUCCGGAAGGAGAGGUGGAUGGGUCAUCCCCGGCCAAACAGAAGGGUGGGGUGUCACCAGUCCGCCCAGACUCAGAGAUUCCUGAUCUCCCAGUGGGCACGGGCUCAGUGGCAGCGCUGAGAUCCAACUUUGAGCGCAUCAGGAGAGCCAAUUCUCACACGGCCGGGGACGGCAGAGGGUUGUCAGUGAUGGGCGGUCAGGAGAAACCCUUCUAUGUGAACAUGGAGUACCAUUACGAGAGAGGGCUGGUCAGAGUCAACGACAGGGAGGUCUCAGACAAGAUCAGCACCCUUGGCUGUCAGGCCAUGCAGAUGGAGCGCAAGAGGUCCCUGCACUCCCUGCCGGGGAACCUGUCAGCCGCCAUGGGGGACAUAAACAAGGCUGUUCAGAGAGGCAGAUCCACUGAGGGCAACUACAGCUACAACGGAUCGUAUGAUGAAGCUGAGGUCAACCCUCACUUCCUGAAAGACAGCGUGAUCCGUUCCACUGGGGGAAAGCCUGAGCGACAGUCAACGGAGUGCCAGCCUUACACUAGUGUGUAUGUUGGGGGGAUGAUGGCGGAUGGGGACACUCGAGUUAUCCACAUUAGGGACCACAGCAUCGAGGAGGACGCACACCUCACUUGGCCAAGGCGCUCCUACUCUCCCGGCAGCUUUGAUGAUGUCGGAGGAGGCUACACACCGGACUGCAGCUCCAACGAGAACUUAACAUCCAGUGAGGAGGACUUCUCCUCUGGCCAGUCCAGCCACGUGUCUCCCAGUCCCACCACCUAUCAGAUGUACAGGGAGAAGAGCCGCUCACCCUCCCAGCACUCCCAGCAGUCCUUUGACAGCAGCAGCCCACCCACACCUCUGUCUCAGAAGCGUUUGAAGCAGCAGAUGAUGGUGUCUGAGGCCUCCAUCAUCGGAGUCCGAAAAACGGGCCAGAUCUGGCCCGGUGACGGGGACUCCACCACGUCCAGCAGGACCUCUCAUGACAACAGUGUUCAAGGAGAUCUGGAGGCUCCCUACAAUGAGGCCCCUUCGUCAUAUGGUUAUGACCUGGAGCAUUCAGAAGAGCACCAGCCCCGCCACGACCCUUUAUCUUUCACUGGAUCUCCUUCCUCCUCGCCGCGGCUACGUUCCAAGAGCCGGUGCAGCCGAGACACCCAGUCGUCUGGCUCCCUGGAGUCCACGCUGUCGGUGGAGCUGGAUCAGGAAAAGGGGCUGGAGAUGAGAAAGUGGGUUCUGUCAGGAAUCCUGGCCAGUGAGGAGACCUAUCUCAGCCACCUGGAGGCACUUUUGAUUCCCAUGAAGCCUCUGAGGGCCGCAGCCACAACCUCCCAACCGAUGCUGACCAUCCAACAGAUAGAAACAAUCUUCUUCAAGGUGCCAGAGCUCCAUGAGAUCCACAAAGACUUCUAUGAUGCUCUGCUGCCCCGAGUCCAGGACUGGAGCCACCAGCAGUGUGUGGGUGACCUCUUCCAGAAACUGGCCAGCCAGCUCGGAGUGUACCGGGCCUUCGUGGAUAACUAUAAGGUUGCUGUGGAGACGGCAGACAAGUGCUGCCAGGCAAACGCACAGUUUGCAGAGAUAUCUGAGAAUCUUAAGGUCAAAAGCACAAAGGACUGCAAAGACCAAUUGGCUAAAAAUUCACUGGAAACUCUUCUCUACAAACCUGUGGACAGAGUGACGCGGAGCACGCUUGUUCUGCAUGACUUACUAAAGCACACGCCCUCCAGCCACCCAGACUAUCCGCUGUUACAGGACGCCCUGCGCAUCUCCCAGAAUUUCUUGUCCAGUAUUAACGAAGAGAUCACCCCACGCAGGCAGUCCAUGACGGUUAAGAAGGGAGAGAACCGUCAGCUUCUGAGGGAUCGCUUUAUGGUGGAGCUGGUUGAAGGUUCCAGGAAACUCCGUCACGUCUUCCUCUUCACCGACCUGCUGCUCUGUACCAAGCUGAAGAAGCAGGCUGCAGGGAAAGGGCAACAGUAUGACUGUAAGUGGUACAUCCCACUUGCUGACCUGACCUUCCAGACCAUCGAGGAUUGCGAGUCCACCCCCAUCCCUCUGGUCCAGGACGAGGAGAUCGAUGCCAUGAAGAUCAAAAUCUCCCAGAUCAAGAACGAGAUCCAAAGAGAGAAGAGAACCACCAAAGGACCCAAGGUGAUUGAGCGAUUGAGGAAGAAGUUAUCAGAGCAGGAGUCUCUGCUGCUCCUCAUGUCACCCAACAUGGCGUUCAGAGUUGCCAACAGAAACGGCAAGGGCUUCACAUUUCUAAUCUCCUCUGACUAUGAGCGUGCAGAGUGGAGGGAGAUUAUUCGUGAGCAGCAGAAGAAGUGUUUUAAAAGCUUCUCUCUGACUUCUGUGGAGCUGCAGAUGCUCACUAACUCAUGUGUGAAGCUCCAGACUGUUCACACUAUCCCAAUGACCAUGAAUAAAGAAGAUGAUGAAUCUUCUGGUUUGUAUGGCUUCCUGAACGUCAUUGUCCACUCUGCAUCGGGGCUCAAACAGAGCUUGAACCUUUACUGCUCUCUGGAGGUGGACUCCUUUGGCUACUUUGUCAACAAAGCCAAAACACGUGUGUACAGAGACUCUACAGAGCCCAACUGGAACGAGGAGUUUGAGAUUGAACUGGAGGGCUCUCAAACUCUGAGGCUGCUCUGCUAUGAGAAGUGUUGCAACAAAACCAGGCAAAGCAAAGAAGAUGGAGAGAUCACAGACAAGAUCAUGGCCAAAGGACAGAUAAAGUUGGAUCCACAGACAUUGCAAAAUAAAGACUGGCAGAGGACAGUCAUCGCCAUGAAUGGGAUUGAGGUGAAGCUUUCAAUGAAGUUCACCAGCAGAGAGUUCAGUCUGAAGCGAAUGCCUUCACGGAAACAGUCCGGCGUCUUUGGAGUGAAAAUCAACGUAGUUACUAAACGAGAACGCUCCAAGGUUCCCCUCAUUGUGAGACAGUGCGUGGAGGAGAUUGAGCGACGAGGGAUGGAGGAGGUGGGGAUCUACAGAGUGUCUGGCGUCGCAACUGACAUCCAGGCGCUAAAGGCUGCCUUUGAUUCAAACAACAAGGACGUGUCUGUGAUGAUGAGGGAGAUGGACGUGAACGCCAUUGCUGGAACACUGAAGCUGUAUUUCCGUGAGCUGCCGGAGCCUCUUUUCACUGACGAGUUGUACCCCAACUUUGCUGGAGGCAUCGCUCUCUCUGACAGCGUUGCUAAGGAGAGCUGCAUGCUCAACCUGCUGCUGUCUCUACCAGAACCCAAUCUGGUCACCUUCAUCUUCCUGUUGGACCACCUUAAAAGGGUGACUGAAAAUGAGAGCAUCAACAAGAUGUCUUUGCACAAUCUGGCCACAGUUUUUGGCCCCACUUUGCUUCGGCCCUCUGAAAAAGACAGCAAGAUCUCAGUCAACAGCUCCCAGCCAAUCUCCAUGAACGACAGCUGGUCUCUGGAGGUCAUGGCUCAGGUGCAAGUCCUACUCUACUUCCUUCAGCUGGAAAGCAUCCCAACACCUGACAGCAAACGUCAAAGCCUUCUCUUCUCUACUGAAGUAUAACAUCAUGCCCAAAAAUGUCUUGCUCAGAGGAAGAAUGUUAGCUGCUUAAUGAGGUGGAUGCUGCUGAGCAGCCAUGGCCGGCUGGUUUACUGAGAAGAUGCAUAAUUUAGCCACCGGGGGGAACCAUCAACACAUUGUAAACUGGAAACAGCCACCAUGACCUAAGACAUCUCUUCUUGAGAUGCGAUGAGCAUGUGUGUUCUGUUUACAUACAAGCUUACCUGCUGUGUCAGUAAAUGACAUCCCUAUAUAAUGUAUGGACAAAAUAGAUUUCUUUUUUUUUAAUUUAAUUUAAAUUUCAAGAAGCAUUAUUUGCUGUAUUUUGAUAUUUUUCUCUGCCCCGGUCAGUCACUGUGCACAUUCGCUCCAUAUUCACAGAGGGGAGAUUUCUGCUGUUGUCGGAUGUUUUGUAAGAGUUGUUGCUGUGGAUGAAUGGUUAGAUGAAUGGACAUAUUUUUCAUGUCUACACACAUUUUUUUUCUCCCCAGAAAUGUUUGACUUGGUUAAAAACUCACCUGUGCCAAUGUUUCCCUGCUGAUGACCAAUAGAACAUUUCAGUUAACCUAAUGUUUACACAUUCUCUUAAUUUUGUAGAGAUUUAAAAAGUAUGAUACUGAAAACUGUAGUUAACACACAACAUGCAGGCAUGUUGACCUAAACUUAAUUUGAAGUGUUUUCUGUGCUAUACAAUUUGUAUAGUGACCUUGUUGAGUUCACAGGUUCUUCUAGUGGUGUUCAAGCCACUUGGAAACUUUCAUGUAGAUAUGAGUGUUUUUUGUUGUUUUAUUCAAGGUGGAACCGAGAAGUGAAAGGCAAAUCUUUCCAGGAAAAGGCUAAGACUAAUUCUUCCACCCAUGGAAUGUAUACUGUCAUGUGUAUUAAGUUAAUUUCACAGAUAUCUUUAGUCGAUAUUUCAUAUGUUGUGUGUCCACAUUGGUUUUGUAGCGUUCGUCUGAUUUGAUUUAUAUAGCUAAAGUUAUUGGUGUUUCUUACUGCAUUCCUUUGUUCUAGUAUCCAACCUUUAUAGGACAAAAAACACACUGCUGUAGAAAUGAGAACACAUGGAGAUUAUGCUUAUCAGGAAUACCAAAUGUUCCCAUGUAGGACCCUUGAUUCACUCAUAUCUGUAACUCUACUGAGGUAUUAACAGGUUUAUCAUCCCCAUAUCUAUAACUACUUUCAAAGCCCUGUGAAGGUACACAGUGUGCUUGUAUUAAGAUUUUUUCCCAAAUCACCACACAUAUUCAAACACUUGUUAGUACAAACUAUAACCCUAUAUGCUUGUGAUUCAUGUAAAAUAAGCAAUAACUCUUAGUGAUUCACAUGUUGAGCAAUGGCCAGUGUGUCAUGUAUGUAUGAUUAAUGUAAAUAAAACUUAAUAAUAUUA